UGUGGAUUGCUAAUACCACCACCCUUCUCUUUUGUGGGGUUUGAGAGAGUUUGGACAGUUCAAAGUGAAGGCAAAAGUCUCGGGUCAGAGCCAAGUAACCAUAUGCUUACUUUUGCAAGCACGGCCAAACAUGCCUUAUUUCGUCACUCUUUAUAAACACUCGAAUGAAGUUUUGUUUCGAAGGAAAAAUCUUAAGGUGUGCACGUCUAUGGAUCAUUAAAUUACUUGAAUAUUCCCUUAAUCAUAUCUCUGUUAGUCUCAGGCACGUAUAUCUCUCCUACCGCGUCACAGCUAGGCUACAUUGUAAUCACUUCAUUUUUCAAAUCCUAAACUUGAACAAAAUAGAUAUGUUGUCUCUCCGUCAUCUACGUAAAGAAAAUUAUGCACGUAUAAGACUUUUCAGUAAAGAAAAAGGAAAAUGAAUUUUACUUGUACUCGAUGCGGGGUGUUGAAAAUUACAGUUAAAUGUACCAUUUCUAAGAGCUUGAGUUGUUAUAUGACUGAUUCUAACUUUAAUGAAAUUUAAAAGAUUACUAAUCCUCGUAUCAAUUGUAAAAAAUUUGUUAUUUUAACAUUGUUGGUCAGAACUAAAUCAUUAAACUAUGAUCUCGAAAUCCAGAUAUGAUAGAAAACUAUAUAUUAUAUUAUGACAGACAACAAAUUAAAGGGAUCAUGUCGGGAAGGCAUUACUUGUUUGUUAUAAGCUAUAUAUAGACAAUAUAUUGCAAUAAAAAACGUACUAGAAUUUGAAUUUAGUCAAAAUGACAAAAUUUCUGUUUUUGUCCAUGGCUUUAUGCAUCUCUGCCUUCGGAUUCCAUUCAAGUUUAGUUUAUGGCACUUUCGUGAAGAAUAUGUACAUAAACUGGGGUACUCGACAUUCUGCGUUUCUGGGCAAUGGAGACGAUGCAGUACUCGUCUUGGAUCGAUAUUCCGGUUCCUGCAUGGUGUCGAAUAAAUCAUUUCUAUUCGGAAGCAUCGAGAUGCAAAUAAAGCUAGCACCCGGGAAUUCUGCCGGAACAGUCACGGCGUUCUAUCUAUCUUCGACUGGUGACAAGCACGACGAGAUCGAUUUCGAGUUUCUAGGUAACGUAUCAGGACAACCCUACACCGUCCAUACAAAUGUUUAUACACUAGGACAUGCUGGCAGAGAACAGCAAUUUUAUCUAUGGUUUGAGCCACCUUCGCCACUUUCUUUGUGA